UUUUGUUUCUUUAAAGUGCUAAAUUGAAUAGCAAUGCAGUUGUUAAAUGUAAAAAUUUAAGCACCCACUGUCAAUUUUCCCGUAGAUUUGCAGAAUUUAUAUGGUGUAUUUUCAUGUAGGGAGAUCUGAGCCUGGAUGGGGAAAGAAGCAUGCAGAUCAGUUUGGUGGCCUGAAGAAGUUGAGUUCACAGCUGUGAAUAAUAGCAGCAAGCGACCACAUCUGGAGGAUUUAAUUUCAAUCAUGCAUUCAUACAGAAAUUGGAAUCAACAACAGCAGCCUCAAGAGGUUGACAUCACAGUAGAUGAUUCUGCUCACAGUCCUGUGAUUCCCAUUCCUGUAUCAUCAACACCAGCUUCUGCUUUUAUUUCUGAUCCUCCCUCAUCUGCCCCUGAAGUUUUUGCAAGCCCCAUUUGCCCUCCUGCUCCUUCAUCAACACCUGCUGUCACUGCUUCUAUUUGUGAUCUUCCCUUUGCAACAUCUGAAGGUCACAUUCAACCUCCUCUUGUAUUUGAGGACAUUGUAAAGAGGAAAUUUGGGAGUGAAUCAGUUUACUGUGGUAAUACAUGGCAAUCUGUACUGCAAACCUGCAGUGAACUGAAUCAGAUCCAAACAUCAAAGAUGCUGAGUAUUCUAGGAAAACUGGAUGAAGACACUGAAAUCCAUACAAUCAUAAAGCCCCAAAUUGCAAGGGACAUUUUAGGAUGCAUGGUCAGAUUGCCUUGGGAGGUGAACUUAAGUUUAUCUCCUCACAGCCUGGAACAUCUCCCAAAGAUCUCUCCAUGUCAGUUUAUCAGCAGCAAGAAUCAGUGCAGACUUCCUGAGGGAUUUUCCAGCUAUGUUGACCAGUCCAUUUAUGAGCUUGGUCUGGAGCCAUUCUACUCAAGUGGGGAUGGAAACUGCUUCUAUAAUUCACUAUCCAUACUCAUGUCUGGACAUGAAAGUGACAUUGAAAUUUUUAGACUGGGUGCAGCAAUGUAUGGUCUUGCUCACUAUGACCACAUUGUUGAUGCAAAUGCGACGCAUUUUACUGAUAGAGGUGAUGCUUUGCAGUGGGCAGCCAGUGUGAGCCUUUCACCAAACGAGGUUCAGGAAAUUAAAGACAAAUCCAUUCAAGAAAUUGUCGCAAAAAGUGUCUAAAGGCAAGUCUUCAAUGCCUUAAAGAAUUUUACUGAUAUAGGUAACCUUUGCUGCCGGCUUUUUAAAGAAAGCAAUACAACAGCACUGCGAACUGUCUGGGGCUGUAUGGUACAACACAAAACAAAGUCCUCCUUGUUGCUUCCAGCCAGACAGGGAAGAGGGGCCUUUUCACAUCAUCUGGCUGCCACUUACAGGACAAGGAAACACCUUCAACCAUAUAUGCCCCCUUCUGCCAUGGAAGUGUGGUGCAUUAGAUGCUUUCUUGUGCGUGUUUUGGCGAGGAUUUAACACCCAACAUUCAAGUCGCAAUGAGAUGGUGCAGUGCCUUACCUGCUUUGAGUGGUACCACUGCGUUUGUUUGGGCAUUUCUUUCGAAGAGGCCAAGGAUCUCACUAUAGUGGAUUGUGGCUGCACGUUGCCCCACCCAUAUCGGAGCCACGACAUGUGAGUGUACAGUGGAAUCCCUAUUUUUCGAACCUCUUGAUAACUCGAACCCUUGAAAUUCUGUUUCCCUUCCCUCAGUCGAACACUGUAACUUUACCCCGAUUCCUAAAGCUACCUUAUUAUUUGAACAAAGUUUUGUUUAUCUUGAAUGUUCCAUAAAAUCUUGAUUCCACUGUACUUUCUCUGCUGCUUUUUUGUUUUGGCUCGUUUAUAAUGUUUUUAA